AUGCCCCCCAUCCCCAUCACCAUCGUCACCGGCUUCCUCGGCUCCGGGAAAACGACCAUCCUCCUCAAUCUGAUCCCCCAGCUCCCCCCGACCUACCGCCUGGCGCUCCUGAAGAACGAGUUUGGCGAUGUCGCCGUCGACUCGCAGCUCGCGGCCACGCAGGCCAUCUCGGGCGUGCGCGAGCUGCUCAACGGCUGCAUCUGCUGCAACCUCGUCGGCCAGCUGGGUGAUGCCCUCCUCCAGCUCCGCGACGAGGUCCGCCCCGACCGCAUCGUCAUCGAGACCAGCGGCAGCGCGUUCCCGGCCACGCUGGCCAUGGAGGUGAACCGGCUGUCGCGCGAGCACAGCGGCAGCUUUGUCCUCGACGGCGUGAUCAGCGUCAUCGACGUCGAGAACUGGGAGGGCUACGACGACACCUCCUACACGGCCAAGCUGCAGGCCAAGUACACCGAUCUGAUCAUCUUCAACAAGUGGGAGGGCGUGCCGGAGCAGCGGUUCGACGUCUGUCUGGACCGGCUCGGUGAUCUGGAGCUGGAUACUCCCUGGGUCAAGUCGGACAGGGGAAAGGUUGACAAGGAUGUGCUGCUUGGAAUCGAUGGCGCGUUGCUCGCCAAGGAAACGAGCCAGAUCGACCAGGAACACCUCGUCAACGGCCACGACCACGGCCACAGCCAUCAGUCCGAAGUCGAGGUCCUCUCCGUGACCCUCAAAACUGACCAACCUUCAGCUGCAUCCUCCAAAUCCAUCAAUCUCCCGGCCUUUGAAGAUCUUCUCCGCUUCGCUCCUAAGGAAGAAGUCUACCGGAUCAAAGGCGUCAUCCGCUGCUCAACAGCCCAUCAGCCACCCGCAAACUCCGACCCAGGCGUCUCAGCCAGUGAUAAGGAGUCUCCAGUCAACUCGACUUCUUCGGAGACUCAAGACUACAUCCUGAAUUGGGCGUUUGGCCGGUGGACCUUUACGCCAUCCAUCGACACGGUACCUGUAGAUCCAGACACAGUCGCUCGCCUGACCUUCAUCCUGGCCCGGUACGAAUCCGGUAAAUGGAAAAAGAAACUCGAAGCGGGGGGUCUUAUCGAGGUCGCAACGGAUGCCAGCAUCGGAAAUUUGAAGGUCGAAAGACUCUAA